AUGAUCCCGAAAACGACCAAUUCUCGACAUGUUCUUUUUGGAAAUGAAAAGGUGGAAGUCUUCGACCAAUCCCUCACCGACGAGGAAAUAGCUUUACUCAUCGCUGAACGAUAUGAUAAAUUGGGUUUCGAUGAUCCAUUUAUGGUGAUGAAUUUGGAUGAAGUGCUUGAGAAAUUUCACCAAUGGAAGAGGGAAUUGCCGAUGGUUGAGCCAUUCUACGCGGUUAAAUGUUUCCCGAAUCGAGUUUUGACGAGAUUUUUGGCAAAACUUGGCGUUGGUUAUGAUUGUGCCAGCAAGACGGAGAUCAAUGAUAUUCUUGACUUAGACGUUUCCGCGGAGAAGAUCAUUUAUGCUCAUCCAUGUAAACCAAUCAAUCAUAUUAAGUUUGCAUCCGAAAAUGGCGUUCAAAUGAUGACUUUUGAUACGGUGGAAGAGCUUGAGAAAGUCAAGAAAUUUCACUCAAAACCACAAUUAAUCCUGAGAAUCGCUGUGGCUGAUCCGUCAGCUCUUUGUCAACUGAACACGAAAUUCGGAGUGAAUCCCGUUAAACAAGCGCCACAAUUGAUCAAAAAGGCCAAAGAGAUUGGGUUGAAUAUUGAUGGAAUCAGUUUCCAUAUCGGAUCCGGUGCAAACGAUUUCACGACUCAUGAGAUCGCCAUCGCUCACUCACGGAAUCUUUUCGAUUACGCCCGAUCCCUCGGACAUCAUAUGCAUAUUUUGGAUAUUGGUGGAGGAUUCCCGGGUGGAGAGCACAAAUUCAGCUUUGAACAGAUUGCUUCCAUCAUCCGCUCGAGCUUGGAGAAGUAUUUCUAUGAUGAUUCAGUGAGGAUCAUCGCCGAGCCGGGAAGAUUUUUCUGUGCUCGUCCCUGUUUUGAGUGUGUAAACGUGAUCCACGCUGCACAGGCUCCACGAGAAGGGGAUGAUUCCAAUCACAUCGUUUACUACAUAAAUGAUGGGAUUUUUGGCUCUUUCAACUGCAAACUUUACGAUUUUGUUCAUCCAAAGGGGAAACCGCUGAAGCUCGAUUCUCAGGCCCAAUUGUUCCCGAGUACAAUCUGGGGUCCAACCUGUGAUGGUGGCGAUAAAAUUGAGGAAAAUGUGUCUCUCCCAAAAAUGUCUACCGGUGAUUGGCUACUGUAUCAAGAAAUGGGCGCAUACACUAUUGCCGGUGGAUCGACGUUUAAUGGUUUCCCACGUCCGAAAAUGCAUUACACAAUCAGCAAUGAGAAUUACGCAAAAUAUUUGGCU